UGCGAAGUAGAACAACUUCUUAGAGUUCGAUAUAGAGAGAGAGAGAGAGAAAGACGAGGGAGGCGGCUGUUCUCUUUCUCCUUCUUCAAAGUUCUCCUGAAGAAGCAGAUUCCGAUAAUUUUGACCUUGAAGGCCUAUUCUUGUAGUAGAUCUGACACCCACCUGGUGUGAGUAUCUACUGUUAUGGCUAAUCAAACAGGAAAGAUGCUUUUUAUAUGCUAUUCAGAUGAGAUUAAAGAUGGGAUGUCCAUAUAUGUUUCAUCAAACUGUUCUCCCAUAAAGGCAUUGAAGUAUGAACCGGCUGGUCAUUCUUUUAAUGAUGCUGCUCUUAAGCUUGUUGGGUUUUGCAAGGAAGAAGAAGUUGUGAGUGAUGAAAAGGUUAAGGAGCAAAUACAUGUUUCAUCGACGGAUUAUAGCAGUAGCAGUAAGGGUAAGAAGAAGUCAAAGGAGAAUCAACAAGAUCAUUAUGCUUUACUUGGUUUGGGUCAUUUAAGGUACUUGGCUACUGAGGAUCAGAUAAAAAAGAGCUAUAGAGAGACUGCUUUGAGGUUUCAUCCUGAUAAGCAAGCUGCUCUUAUUCUUGCGGAGGAAACUGAAGCGGCAAGACAAGCAUUGAAAGACGAAACGGAAAACCGCUUUAAAGCCAUUCAAGAAGCAUACGAGCUGUUAACUGACCCUGUGAAAAGGCGGAUCUAUGACUCGACUGACGAGUUUGAUGACGAAAUACCCACAGAUUGUUCUCCCCGCGACUUCUUUAAGGUGUUUGGACCUGCUUUCACUAGAAAUGGGAGAUGGUCCGUGACUCAACCGCCCCUCUUGUUAGGCGACGACAGUACUCCGAUUAAAGAUGUGGACAAAUUCUAUGAUUUCUGGUACAGCUUCAAGAGUUGGAGAGAAUUCCCUCAAGAGGAAGAGCAUGAUCUAGAUCAUGCUGAAACUCGUGACGAAAGAAGGUGGAUGGAAAGGCAGAAUGCGAAAAUGUCUGAGAAGGCUAGGAAGGAUGAUUAUGCCAGAAUUCGUUCCCUCGUGGACAAUGCCUAUAAAAAAGACCCUAGAAUCCAGAGAAGGAAGGAACAGCUCAAAGCCGAGAAGCUGAUGAAAAAGGAGGCUAAACUUAACGCCAAGAAGCAACAGGAAGAAGAAGCAGCCAGGCUUGUUGAAGAACAGAAACGCAUAAAGGAGGAGGAAGAUAAGAAAGCAGCUGAAGCUGCUUCAAACCAGAAGAAAGCUAGGGAAAAGGAGAAGAAACUGUUGCGAAAGGAGCGUACUCGUCUGAGAACCCUUUCUGCUCCUGUUUUAUCCCUCCAGCCAUUCAACCUAACCGAAGCCGGUAUAGAAACCCUUUGCGCUUCACUCGACAUGGAACAGCUCAAGAGUUUAUGCGAUAGAGUCGAAGGAAAAGAAGGUACAGAGAGAGCACAACUCAUUAAAGAGUCCCUUAACAGCGACAUCACUGCAGACAAUCUGAAACCACCAAAUGGGUCUUCAACCGUUAUUCCAACUCCUACAAGGAUGAACGGAAAUGUUAGCUCUGAGAAAAAGAAGCCAUGGGGUAAAGAAGAAAUUGAGCUACUUCGAAAAGGGAUUCAGAAAUAUCCAAAAGGAACCUCAAGGAGGUGGGAGGUUAUCUCAGAAUACAUAGGCACUAACAGAUCUGUUGAAGAGAUUCUCAAGGCAACUAAAACUGUUCUUCUUCAAAAACCCGACGAUUCAAAAUCGUUCGACUCGUUUCUUGAGAAGAGAAAGCCAACACCAUCUAUUGCUUCCCCUCUUUCUGCUAGGGAUGAAACCGAGGCUCCUCCAGUGAUUGCUGCUGCUAGUAAGGAAUCAUCAGCCAGCGAAAGCGCUAAUAAUAAUAGCCAAGAAGCUGCUGCUGCUGCUGAUGAAGUAGUGACUGGUGAUCAAGAUGUAUGGUCGGCUGUUCAAGCACAAGCUCUUAUACAAGCUCUGAAGACAUUCCCGAAAGAUGCUAAUCAACGAUGGGAACGUGUUGCUGCUGCGGUUCCUGGGAAGAAUGUGAACCAGUGUAAGAAGAAGCUUACUUCUAUGAAGGAGAAUUUCAGAAGCAAGAAGGUGUAAGGUAUUUUCAAGAUUGAUGAUUGAUUUGAUCAAACACUAGACAUGUCCAAUUUUGUUAUUUAAUUUGCAAUUUUAUAUACUAGCUGAUGAGUGAUAUUAUUAUUAUUAUUAACUUGUGGAAGAUAUUUGUCCCAAUUUUGAUCUUUGUCAUUGAUUAGAUUCUCUUUAUUGUUUAUUACAA